GAAAAAACAAAUUUUUUUCUUUCUGUGGUCACAUGCUGGUGGUAGAGAAGGAAGAGAAAGGAAAAUAAUUUUACUUUAUUAUUAUUUAGCAUUUAUUUACCUGGCUGCCUUGGGUCUUGAUUACAAUACCCAGGAUGCUUGUUGGGUUAUGGGGGAUCUUUCCUUGCGGCUCACGGAUUCUCUAGUUGUGGCCUGGGGGCUCAGUAGUUGCAGCUCGCAGGCUUCGUUGCCCCUCGGGAUAUGGGAUCUUAGUUUCCUAACUAGGAUUGAACCCGUGUCCCCUGCAUUGCAAACUGAAAUCUUAACCACUGGAUCACUGGGGAAGUCCUGUGAAAUGUGAUUUUAAUGAACGAAUGAACAUCUGAGUAUCUUCAGAAAAAAACAGGCAUCUGUGCAUCCUGACUCAAGGUGUAUUUUGUUUAAAGUGACCUGGGAGAUGGGGAUAAGUACAAAUUAAAAAAAAAAAAAUCUGCCCUAGUUUUGAGGAAGCCUGGCUGGGAUUUUGCCUGCCUGUAUAAAUGUGUACAAGCUGCAUCCUUCGUUGCUGCCCUGACGCCUGCUCCGCUUACAUAGUAGCCCAGUCAGUCUGCUAGAUUCUAGUUUCACGUGUGUGCCAGAAUCUGAAAGAAGCAGCUGAUGAGAGGGGAAUUAUCUGCUUUUCCAUAAAAUUCCUUAUAUUUUGGCUUUAAUCAUAACUAUGUUACUGAAAGAUACUGAAAAGCAUUUAAAAUAGCUGAUGCUAAUGGCAUGAUCAAAUCUCAGUUUCCUUAGAUCUCAACCUUUCUUAAUCUUCAGGCAGCACUUGCUUCCGACCAGCUACACUGAGCCUCUGCCUGUGGCUUUUGGAAACUGCUUCCUUUGAAUUCUCUGGUGUUUCUUUCCUUCUUUCUCCCUUCCUUUCCUUCUUCGUUCCUCUCUUUCUUCCGUGCUGCCAGCAGUGGAAGUGCAAGUCCUAACGUUGGACCGCGGGGGAAUUCCUGCCUGACCUGUUUUCUUGUCUUCCUCUUUUUCUGUGUGUAUCCCGAGAGCCAUCUGUUUCCCCCCACCCUAAUUGUUGUUCAGUCGCUCAGUUGUGUCCGACUCUGUGGGAUCCCAUGGACUGCAGCAUACCCGGCUUCCCUGCCCUUCACCAUCUCCUCGAGGUUAAAUCUUGUCUCUAAAUGAGGGGAGGAAAGGGUAGGGGUGGGACACGGGCAUCUUGUGGAUGUAGCCUUGUUGACUGGCUGGGCUGUCGUCUCUGCUGCAAACUGAAGACGGCCUAAGCAUUUUCCGUCAGUGGAUUUGGGGACUGAUGGAGUUUUUCUCUACUGUGAAGAAUGAAAUGUACAGAGAGCCCUGUCAGGAGAGAGGUACUUGCAAUGUUUGAGUUAAGGAAGUAAGUUCCGGAAGAAGAGGCGAGAGCGACCCCUGGACCGACUUAAAGCCAGCACGCCACUGCAUCCCCGUGUCCAGCGCCUACGUCCCACCGCCGCAGCCACCAUGCCCAAGAGAAAGGCUGAAGGGGAUGCUAAAGGAGAUAAAGCCAAGGUGAAGGACGAACCACAGAGAAGAUCUGCAAGGUUAUCUGCUAAACCUGCUCCUCCAAAGCCAGAGCCCAAGCCUAAAAAGGCCCCUGCAAAGAAGGGAGAGAAGGUACCCAAAGGGAAAAAGGAGAAAGCUGAUGCUGGCAAGGAUGGGAAUAACCCUGCAGAAAAUGGAGAUGCCAAAACAGACCAGGCACAGAAAGCUGAAGGUGCUGGAGAUGCCAAGUGAAGUGUGUGCAUUUUUGAUAACUCUGUACUUCUGGUGACUGUACAGUUUGAAAUACUAUUUUUAAUCAAGUUUUAUAAAAAUGCAAAAAAAAAAAAG